AUGUUAAACAUUAACAAUGAAAAAAAAAAACUUCCUUCCGUAUCAAAAUGUCGAGAAGAGGUUAGGAUAUUACCACAAAAUCUCUAUAUAUUCGAGAAUGAUACGCAAAAAUGUGAUGAGGCAGAAUCUGUGUUGAUACCAUCCCGAGCUCCUUUUUGUGACUCUCGUGAUUUGAUUGUGAUUUUUUCGUCCGUUGCUGUGUUAUCAAAUGGAACCAACAUGUUGCCUUACAUUUUACUUAAUGUUUCUAUUCGAGUUAAUAACCCAAUAUCAUCUGUUUUUCUUCGACUGGAAUGUUUAGAAGCUCCAAAUUUGGAAGACGAUUACUGUCAUAACCACGAGGAACAGCAUCGAAGGUGGGGGCGUAUGAUAUGGCCUUGUCGCUCUCUGACCCUUACUGAAUCGAAUCUUGUCAGUUAUCCAUAUUUUCUUAGUUAUCAUUGUUUUCGACUUUCUUCUUAUUCUCAUUAUCGUUUAAAUGUGUCAUGUGCUCCAAAUUUGUGCAGGAAAUCGUUUAUUGUCACGAUACCGGAAGAGACUCAAGUGAACCCUGCUAUAAGUCACUUCUAUGAUAAAGAUAUUGCAGAUAAUGACAUAUAUUGGUCACCACUUGCUUCCGUAGAUCUAACUUUGCGAGAUAGAGUGGUGAUUCAUUAUGAGAAGCAGCCGUCUUUGGUAGCUACUGGAAUCUCUGUUGCUGUUUUUGAAACGACUGCUUCCUCUUCUACCCAUCUCUUUACGAAUACAUUAGAUGCUACUGCCGUUGAAUAUGAGUGGAAGAAUGUCCCAGCCGGGAAUUUUACAGCUUAUUUAUAUGUUAGCCGAUUAGACUGUGAUCUAAUAUGUAGCAACGAUACUAUGAAUAAGUGUACUUUAUGUCCAAGUACAAGAAUUCAUUUCACGGUUGAGGAGGAUAAAAUUCGGUUUUCGGCAUCAGUGUAUGGUUUAUUAUCCCAUGAAAUUUACAUCAUUGGUGUUGCGGUGUUGUGUUUUAUUGUUGCGAUAGCUUUUUUUUUUGGUGCCCAAGUGGUUUCACAAGAUGACUCCAGACUUCAUUCUGAGUGUAUCGCUGCAUUUGCAAAAAUACUGCAACACGACGCCAAUAUAGAUGUAUUUAUAGAUCAAUUUGAAUUAAAAUGUUCAGAAACACUUCCGUUGAGAUGGUUCGUUAACAAGUUUGCGGCAGCUGAUCAUGUAGUGCUUAUUUUUUCUGAGGGAGCAAAUGCCAUCCUUCGCGGGGAAAGUCUUAUUCAGCGGCAACCGUUUCCUGAAUUCUUCUCUAUCGCCCUUAAUAUGUUGAUAACAGAAUGCAGUAAAAAUGUCACUAAGCAAUCUGGAAAGCUACUACCAGUAUCAGAAGUGAGCCUACGCUUUGCAUUUGCCUAUAUGACCUAUUCUCCGCCUUCAGUGAUCCCCGAAGAGCUUACCGCUUUACCCAUCAAUAUAUUUAAGGUGCCUGAACAGGUUCAGAACCUCAUUUCAUGGUUGCAUAAUCAACCAUCUGAUAUCUAUGUUGAUAUGUGUAUUGAUAUCUCACAUUUGAAAAGUGCCAUAAAUGAAGUUGUGGAAUACCAAAGCAAGAACCCAGUUUGGUUGGCUGAAAGAUUGCAAACGAAGUACAAGAGUCUUGGACCUAUUUUUUCACUACAGAACAUUCCUUUCCAAUCAAGUUGUUCGGUAUUAACAUCCGACGAACAAGUUCAUAUUGCGAAAACAUUAAAUUUGGAACCACCUGACGUUCAUACCUCAAUGGAAGAGAUUCUUUCUAAGGAAGAUGCUAUAUUUGCUUUGGUAGGAUCACCCGAUGAUAGUAGCGUUGAUUCUGAUAAUCCCAUCUCCGACAGGAUGCAUUUACAGGAGUUCUUAAUAGCGAAACAAAAUUAG